AAAACUUCUCUUGCGGUGUAGUAGCCGUCACUCUGCUGCGGGAUCAGCUGUUUCUGCUCCAGCGGCAGCUGUGCGGCGCCCUCCUGGCCGGGAGGUGAGAUGGAGACUCCCAGGAGCUGUGUUUGUUCCAGGUUGGGUGGUGGUUUGGGAGUUAGUACCUGUGGGGAGGACAGUUUCCUGUAUUUUGCUUAUGGCAGUAACCUGCUUCAGGAGAGGAUCCUGCUGAAAAACCCAUCUGCCACUUUCUGUGCUGUAGCCAACUUGCAGGAUUUUAAACUCAUUUUUGGCAAUCAUCAAGGCAAAGCAAGUUCUUACUGGCAUGGAGGUACAGCUACCAUUGUUCAAAGCCCUGGAGACGAAGUGUGGGGAGUAGUAUGGAAAAUGAACACUAGCAAUUUAAAUUCGCUGGAUAAGCAAGAAGGAGUUGCAGAUGGUAUUUACAUUCCAAUAGAAGUUAACAUUCCAACGCAAGAGGGAAAAAUACUGACCUGUCGAAGUUAUCAGAUGAGUGAUUGUGUCUGUGAUCUCCCGUCACCACAGUAUAAAAAAGUUAUCUGUAUGGGUGCAAAACAGAAUGGCUUGCCAACUGCCUAUCAGAAGAAAUUAGAAGCUAUAGAAACAAACAACUAUGCAGGACCAGUAUCAAUCUUUGAAGAAAUUGAAGCUACUAUUAAAGAGAGGGAAACAACAACUCGUUAGAAAAGUAUCCCCAAAAUAUUUCCAGUUCCACUUCCUUGCCUGAUUUAAUUCUAUGGCCUGUGUUAUACUGAAGUCAGAUUAGAUUGUCACUGUGAUCCUUUCUGGUCUUGGAAUAUAUGAAUUUUUCAUUUUGAUUUAGGCAUCUAUUGCUAAUCAGUAUAUUGAGAAGAUAAUUUCCUUCUUUGAUAAAGAAGGGCAAACUUGAUAUGUUUGUGUAGUUCAGUAAGGUAUUGGAUUGAAUAUGCAAUUUAAGAUCCUAAUCUUGCGAAGACCUGUGUACAUUCAUAACUGUGUGUGCCACAUCUAAAGUUAAGUACGUGUAAAUCUUUGCAAAGUUCAGCUUAACUUUCUGUAGUUCUCAUACAUGCUGGUAAAGUUCAUAUAGUUCUUUAAUACAUCUAUAAGCAGAACUAAAGAGAAAAGCCAGCUUGGUAGUCAUGUGCAUAGGCUGCUGUGUUCAAGGAUUAAGAGUUGCAGGAUCAAGCUACAGUUCUUAAGUGCUGUGCUGCCACUGUGCAGAUAGCUGACAUAGUAGACCCCAAGAGAACCCCCAAAGACCGCAGACUCUAGUAAGGUAUGAAGGAACCC